AUGUCUCACAUCAAGGACGCCUCCGUCAGCAGGACGUCUCUCAGCCUGGUGACGGGAGUCUUCCAGUAUCUGCGCGACGAGCAGGAGGCGGUCCAGAAGAGAACCUUCACCAAGUGGAUCAACUCCCACCUAGCAAAGUUCAAACCCCCUCUGGAGGUCAACGACCUGUUCGAGGACAUUAAGGAUGGGGUGAAGCUCCUGGCUCUGCUGGAGGUCCUGUCUGGACAGAGACUGCCGUGUGAACAAGGCCGCCAGCUGAAGAGGAUCCACUGGGUCUCCAACAUCGGCACCGCCCUCAAGUUCCUGGAGGGCAGAAAGAUCAAACUCGUCAACAUUCACGCCACAGACAUCGCCGACGGACGACCUUCAAUUGUCCUUGGCUUGAUCUGGACCAUCAUCCUCUACUUCCAGAUUGAGGAGCUGACCAGCAACCUGCCAGCCCUGCAGGCCCUGUCCUCCAGCGGCUCCUCGCUGGACAGCGCCGCCGGCGCCGGCUCCGGGACGGGAAGCCCCGCCCCCAAGAGGAAGGCGGGCAACAAGCUGCAGGGCAACGCCAAGAGGGCGCUGCUGCGGUGGGUGCAGAGCACGGCAGCCAGGCACCUCGGGGUGGAGGUGAAGGACUUCGGGCCCAGCUGGCGUGACGGCGUCGCGUUCCAGGCGGUGCUCCACGCCCUCCGGCCGGACCUGGUGGACCUGGAGGCGGCGCGGCGCCGCAGCAACCGGGAGAACCUGGAGGACGCCUUCGCCGUGGCGGAGAACCGGCUGGGGAUCCCUCGCCUGCUGGAUCCAGAAGAUGUGGACGUGGACAAACCGGACGAGAAGUCCAUCAUGACCUACGUGGCUCAGUUCCUGAAGCUCCAACCGAACCCAGAACAGCGGGAGAUGGAGGGACGGCAGGACGAGCAGUUCGGUCCUCAGGACAUCCAGCAGAUGCUUGAGAGAGAAGAGAGGAAGCAGCUCCGGGAGCUGAAGGUCCUCCUGGACCAGCUGGAGAGAGACGUGCUCCGAGCUCAGGGCUCCGACGGAAACCUGACUGACAAAUACCAGGCCUUCAAGAGCUUCCGGGUGCAGCUGGAGGUGAAGCGGAAGCUGACGGAGCGGCUGCUCCACCCGGUCACCGCCGAGGGGAGGCUGUCGGUGGACCAGGCCCUGCUCAAGCAGGCCUGGGACCGGGUCUCGGCCCGGCUGCUGGACUGGCACGUCCACCUGGACCAGUCCCUGCCGGGUCCUCUGGGGGAGACGGGGGCGUGGCUGCACCGGGCGGAGACGGCGCUGCGGGAGGACGUCCCGGUCACCCAGACCCCCGAGGAGACGGCCAACGUCCUGCAGAGGAGGCUGGACCAGCACAGGGAGGUUUUGAAGACGCUGGAGUCCCACAGACAGAGCUUCCAGCAGAUCCACCGGGACCGGGCGGUGAACGGCGUCCCGGUCCCCCCAGACCAGCUCCAGGACCUGGCAGAACGCUUCGGGGCGGUGUCCACGGCGUCCCACACCCACCUGAUCCGGAUGGAGUUCUGGGAGACCAAGUUCCGGCUCAUGGCCUUCCUGGCGCUGGCCGAGUCCAAACUCAAGUCCUGGAUCAUCAAGUACGGGAGGCGGGACUCGGUGGAGCUGCUGCUGCAGAGCUACCUGACCUUCAUCGAAGGCCAGCGGUUCUUCGAGCAGUACGAGCGGUUCUCCAGCGCCGUGAAGCGGGCCGCCGACAUCUACGUCCGCUCCGACGGUUCCGCGGACGAGGCGGAGGGCGUCAGUAAGUUCCUGAGCGACGCGGCGGCGCAGUGGCGGAACCUGGUCCUGGAGGUCCGCAGCGUCCGCAGCAUGCUGGACGAGGUCCUCAGCAACUGGGACAAGUACGGCGGGACGGUGGCGGCGCUGCAGGCCUGGCUGGAGGACGCCGAGCACAUGCUCAACCAAUCAGAGAGCGCCAAGCGAGACUUCUUCAGGACGUUCCCUCACUGGAUCCAGCAGCACAUGGACAUGAACGACGCGGGGAACUUCCUGAUCGAGACCUGCGACGAGACGGUGUCCCGGGACCUGAAGCAGCAGCUGCUGCUGCUCAACGGCCGCUGGCGCGAGCUGUUCGUCAAAGUCAAGCACUACGCCCGGGCCGACGAGGUGGAGAGGCUCCGGCGGGAUUACCAGGACGGCAUCAGCACCCUGAAGGCCUUCCUGGACGCCACCGACCAGAAGAUGACGGCGCCCGUUCAGGUGUCCUUCCUGAACAUCAGGGCGCUGGCGCAGGACGUGGAGGAAAUCAAGCUGAAGCUUCCGGCGAUGGAGGCGGCGUGCAAGGCGGCGAGCCGCACGGCGCAGCUGCUGAGCAAGGACGCCCCGGAGGACGAGCGGGCCGCCAUGGCCGCCGUCAUGGCCGCCGUCAAGGAGCAGCUCGGCAAGGUCCGGGACAGAUGUCUUCCUCUGCUCAGAGACGUCCAGGCGCUGCUGCCCCCACUGGAGGACAUGGAGAAGAACAUCAGCGGCUUCUACCAGGCUCUGGAGAAGGCCGGCGCCGUCACCGGCUCCGCCCACUCCCACGGCGCGCUGGACGUCAAGCACAAGUGCCAGGAGCUGGCCACCUUCACCCACAGCUGUAAGAAGAGCCUUGGCGCCGUGGAGCGGAGCCACCAGAGCGUCCAGAGGGUCCUGAGCAGCAGCCGCGCGCUGCAGCACCUGGACCUGCGCCUGCUGCAGGGCCGCGUGGCCCAGCUGCAGGCGUCCUCCCAGAACAUGAUCCAGGACUCCACCCAGUGGCGGCAGCAGGUGGAGGCCAACAGCGGCCUGAUGAAGCGCUUCGACGAGUCCCGCCUGGACCUGGAGAAGGUCCUGAAGACGGCCCAGCUCCACCUGACGGAGCAGGGAGACCCGGAGGAGCUGCUCCACAGGCACACGGCGUUCUUCGGCCAGCUGGAGCCGCGGCUGCUGAGCGCCUUCCUGAAGGCGUGCGACGAGCUGAGCGACAUCCUGCCGGCGCAGCAGCAGGGGGCGCUGCAGGACACGGUGCGGCGGCUGCACCGCCUCUGGAAGGACACCCAGGCGGAGGCGCCGCUCCGCCUGCUGCGCCUGCAGGUGGAGGCGGAGAGGAUCCGGCUGCUGGCGGCGCUGCAGGACUGCCGGGCCGAGCUGGACCGCGAGGACGGACAGCUGGACAGCCUGGGCAGCGAGCGGCUCCUCAGGGAGCACCGGGCCUUCUUUGGGGAGAUGGGACCGCAGUCCGCCUGCGACCAGAGGCUGCAGCUGAUGGAGGACCUGGUCCAGAACCUCCCUGAGGACGACCCGGCUCGCCUCGCCCUGCAGGCCGCCAGACAGGACCUGGACCGGGUCCGGGACGAGAUCCAGACCACCCAGCACAAGCUGCUAGAGCACCAGGACAAGUGGAAGGAGUACGACUCCAGGUACGCCGAGUUGUCCUGCUGGCUCAUUUCUAAAGAGACUCACCUGAGGCUGCUGAGGACCCGGGUCAGCGACCCCAGGAGGUUCAGCCAGGUGCAGACCAGCAUCAAGGAGCUGAGGAACGAGGCCGAGCUCCAGGAGGGGAACCUGGGCUGGCUGAAGGCCCGGAUGACGGUUCUGAUCGAGAUCAGCGCCGACGCCGAUGCCCAGAAGCAAGGCAGCGCCCUGAACAAGCUGUCCUCGGACUUCAAGGCUCUCCUGGCCUCGCUGGCCGAGGCCGAGAAGACGGUCCUGGCUGUGGGGGACUGCGCUCAGUUCAGGGAGGAGGUCCAAACCAUGCUGGACGACCUGGUCCAGGCCCAGAAAGAGGCCCAGGACGAGGUCUCCAAGAUCCUGGACUGUCCAACAGCCAGAGAGGCUCAACAGCUGCUGCUCGUUAACCAGCCGCUGCUGAGGCGCCUGAAGCUGAAGAGGACGGAUGUCCAGCAGCUGCUGAUCCGGGGCCGGCAGCUGCAGGCGGAGGAGGGGGGCGGAGCUCUGCAGCUGGACCUGCACCACCUGGAGAGCACGCUCAGCCAGAUGGAGCAGAGCAUGGCGUCCCAGGAGCAGAGCCUGCAGGCCGCCCUGGACGGCUGGCAGCAGCUGGACGGCCAGCUGGACGCCGUGCGGCUCUUCAUCGGUAAAGCUCGCUCGUCCGCAGAGAGGGAGCCGAGCUUCAGCAGCCCGGAGAGCCUGGAGGCGGAGCUGAAGCAGGCCGAGGUGCUGCUGAAGCGGUGCGAAGCCGAGGCCGCGCUCGUCGACGCGCUGCUGAAGAGGGCCGCCGAGAUCCAGCUGGGCCCCAAAACCCAGGCGGCGCUGCUGGAGCAGGCCCGGGCCCUGAGCCGGCAGCUGGAGGCGGUGGAGUCCGGGCUCAAGACGGAGGUUCAGGCUCUGGAGACCAUGAGGGACCGGUGGGACCGGUUCGGAGCAGCGUUCCAAGACUUUUCCUCCUGGAUCUCCGACAAAGAGAAGCAGCUGGAAGCCGUCCGGGCCUCCGGGUCUCCUCUGCAGGACCAGAUCAGCACCGUCAAGGCCGUGGGGGCGGAGCUUCAGGAUCGGGCGCAGGCGCUCUCUCGGCUGGAGGCGGACUCUCAGGCGCUGUCUCGGUUCGUGUCUUCGGGCGAAGCGGCCCGGAUCAGGGCCCGGCUCACCCAGGUGGGCCGGUUCUGGGAGGAGCUGAAGGAGAGUCUGCAGCAGCUGGAGGCACAGCUGGAGCAGAGCUCCGCCCACCAGCAGAGGUUCCAGUCCAGCCUGGACCAGGUCCAAACGUCUCUGCGGGAGCUGCAGGCCCGGCUGGAGCAGCCGCUCACUUCCUGCACGUCGUCCUCAGAAACCUACAGGUGUCUCCAGGACCACAUGGUCCCUCCCGGCUCCCUUCCUGGGGGUCCCGUCCCGGGGGUCCCGUCCUGGGAGUCCCUUCCUGGGGGUCCCGUCCCGGGAGUCCCUUCCUGGGGGUCCCGUCCCGGGGGUCCCGUCCUGGGAGUCCCUUCCUGGGGGUCCCGUCCCGGGGUCCCGUCCUGGGAGUCCCUUCCUGGGGGUCCCGUCCCGGGGGUCCCGUCCCGGGAGUCCCGUCCCGGAGUCCCUUCCUGGGGGUCCCGUCCCGGGGGUCCCGUCCCGGGGGUCCCGUCCUGGGAGUCCCUUCCUGGGGGUCCCGUCCCGGGAGUCCCUUCCUGGGGGUCCCGUCCCGGGGGUCCGUCCUGGGAGUCCCUUCCUGGGGGUCCCGUCCCGGGGGUCCCGUCCUGGGAGUCCCUUCCUGGGGGUCCCGCCCGGGGGUCCCGUCCCGGGAGUCCCUUCCUGGGGGUCCCGUCCCGGGGGUCCCGUCCCGGGGGUCCCCGUCCUGGGAGUCCCUUCCUGGGGGUCCCGUCCCGGGAGUCCCUUCCUGGGGGUCCCGUCCCGGGGUCCCGUCCUGGGAGUCCUUCCUGGGGGUCCCGUCCCGGGGGUCCCGUCCUGGAGUCCUUCCUGGGGGUCCCGUCCCCGGGGGUCCCGUCCCGGGAGUCCCGUCCCGGGAGUCCCUUCCUGGGGGUCCCUCCCGGGAGUCCCUUCCUGGGGGUCCCGUCUCGGGGUCCCGUCUCGGGGGUCCCGUCCCGGGAGUCCCCGUCCCGGGAGUCCCUUCCUGGGGUCCCGUCCCGGGAGUCCCUUCCUGGGGGUCCCGUCCCGGGGGUCCCGCCCCGGUUCCGUCUCACCGCCUUCCUCGCCUCUCCGCAGGAAAUCAAGCUGAAGCUUCCGGCGAUGGAGGCGGCGUGCAAGGCGGCGAGCCGCACGGCGCAGCUGCUGAGACAAGGACGCCCCGGAGGACGAGCGGGCCGCCAUGGCCGCCGUCAUGGCCGCCGUCAAGGAGCAGCUCGGCAAGGUGCGUCCGGGGGGCGGGGUCAGCCGCUCAGGCCAGACGUCGCCGUGUCCCUGUCCUCACCUGGCCGUCCCCCCAGGUCCGGGACAGAUGUCUUCCUCUGCUCAGAGACGUCCAGGCGCUGCUGCCCCCCACUGGAGGACAUGGAGAAGAACAUCAGCGGCUUCUACCAGGCUCUGGAGAAGGCCGGCGCCGUCACCCGGCUCCGCCCACUCCCACGGCGCGCUGGACUUCAAGCCAAGUGCCAGGUGACGUCCCCUCCCCCGGCGUCCCCGGAGACGUCCCCUCCCCCGGCGUCCCCGGGGACGUCCCCUCCCCCUGCGUCCCCGGGGACGUCCCCUCCCCCGCCGUCCCCGGGGACGUCCCCUCCCCCGCCGUCCCCGGGGACGUCCCCUCCCCCGCCGUUCCCGGGGACGUCCCCCGCUGACUGA